CAUGGAGUGCCCUGAAGCGACGGAACGAGGCCGGAACUUUCGUCUGCUCGCUGAGAAAGAGCUGUUUCAACUCUUGGACUUCCUUACUGGCUACUUGCCCGAAUCCUUAAAGUUCCAUCAAACUUUGUUGACCUACAUACAAGACAGAGUAUGGGACUUUAAUUUCUAUGUAGCUAAUAACUGGCCCGACGACGCAAUCUGCUUACACUUCCCCGGAAUGACGUUAUCUCCACACGGUUUGAUGUUCGAGAGUGUGGGCGUCUUUUGUCCUAACGAUCGGCUGGAGCUGCUCACGUUAUUGAGAAACGAAGACAUUUUGAUCGACUGGUCGAAGCCACUGUACAUCAACUUCAUACAUCACGACAUUGCGGAAGAGUUAAUGCGCCUUUACGAAGGAACUGGGACUAUAGAGAGGGUAGUCGGAGAUGUCUUCAUGUGUGAGAAUCCUCAAAAUGCAGACAGUGCCGAGGAACCGAACGAAGACCCUGAUAUACAAGUUCGGCCAUUGAAGGCAGAACACGCCGAAGGAAUUUAUGAACUGUACCCUGCUAACGAUAUGGAGUGUCACGAGGUCUUUUUGCGGCUGAUCAGCACCCUCCCAGCGGCAGGAGUGUUCGCGAAAGAAAGCCUGGCAGCGUGGAUGGUUCAAUCUUAUUACGGGGCGAUGUUCUCCAUGCAGACGAAACCAGAAUACAGAAGAAAGGGCUACGGUACAAAAUUGGCAAGGUAUUUGACGCAGAGAGUCGCCGAAAGAGGAUAUCAACCUUUUGUCGUCAUACGUCCCGAAAAUGAAGCCAGCCAGAGUUUAUACAAAAAGUUGGGCUUCAGGAAGCUGUACCAAACCGUGCGAAUGACAUUCAUGCCGUCAACGUGGCAAGACGAAGAAACAAAGAUGAGCCAAGUUUUACGAGAGAACUUGGAGAACGCUGUUAGACAGCUGACCAUCGAGCAGAAGAUCGUGGACGCGUUCAGAAACGAGGAGACGAUCACCAUUACUGAUGAACCUGAGAAACGAUCCGAAGAGGACGAAAAUCCGUCGGAGGAGCAGAUUGAAGAAAGAAUAGAAAUGACCGAACUUCGAAACGAAGAAAAUACCGAAGAACAAUCUGCCGAUAAUGCUGAAGAAACGGCGAACGAUAGCAAUCAAGAUGACGGGGGUACGGACGCUGAGUACGCGGAAUAAUUAAGAACUUACAUGUUCGAUUAUUCGAUAAAAGGUCCAUGAUUUACGUCGACUUGUUCACUCGAGGAUACGCUCUUCCUUUCAAGAUUAACAGAAGAAGAUGGAGAUUGAUUGAUUCUAGAGAAAUUAGCAAAUGUUGCCAGCUGAAAAUUUCACUUUGUACUUACAAAAAGCUGACUUAAAAACGCACCAUAAAUAAGCCACGGUUUUUUAAAAAAUUUCUCAAAGCUUUUGCAAACAGACUGAAUCAAAGCGACAACAACUGAAAGUAUUAGUUGCGAUAGGUAUGAUUUUAGAUUAUUCGUUGAUGAUAUACCCUAAAAUGGUAGUUCUUUGUAAGGGAGAGCUCUCGAGCGACGCGAACGACACUAGAAAAGAAGAGAGAAGAAAUUAUUUUAAGAAAUUUAACAAAUUUUACGGCACCGCGUUCGUGCGAGGCUUCAAUUCGCGUACGAAAGUACGUAGAUACAAGAUCUACGUACGGGUUCCUCAUAUCAGACUGCUUGAAGUAUGUCGUGAAGAUCUCAGGAAACAGUUAGAUGUAUUCUUUGAAUCGCCAAGUUUAGAUUCUUUCAAAGUCUAUCUGUACCUGUUGUAUUUGGUGGAUUCGUUGUUUCCAAUGGUUAACAUUAAAUUUGUAAGGAUCGUGUAUCUACGUGAAAUAUAUAUUUGGAAAAUAACCUGAAAAAAUUAAUCUCUCGUUUGAUCGUGUUUUCAGACUGAUCGUUGUAACCGAUAAUACAUAUUUGUAUCCUUGAUGGAAUAGUACUUACGUGUUCUUAUCGGGCAUCGGGUAGCGUGCAAGUUCGAUGAUUGCUUGUUGAAUUAAAUAUUUGACGAGUAUAAAGUUGAGAGCGACUGACGAGCAAAAAAAAAAAACACAAAGAACCUAAUAUCCUUUAGCGACCAAAAACCAUGAUAGACUUUGAAUUACAAAGCCCACGUGUCUAAACGAUGAAUCCUACAAAUGAAAAAAAAAAAAAAUAGAAAAAAAGACGAAGAAACAGAGUGAUGAAUCGUAAAACGCGCGUCCGCUUAGAAAUUUACGCGCUGAAUCAAUCUGUGAUUAUAAUUUCCCUAUAUAAAGUAGCGUUUCGAACAAAAAUUCAGAAGCCUCGUGCGACCUCGACACGCUUUCCUUGAUACAAGUAGAAGCCAAUUACUGUGCCGGUGCGCUCGACCGUAGUAAAUUUCAAGCACAUUGAAUUACGGAGUAACAACUUUGGCUCGACAAGAUUGAAACAAGGUAUUGAAAGAAAUUUUGUUCGAAAAUUUAUCUACAAUAUAAGCUUCUAAAUGCACCGUGCAUGCGACACUAUGGCCCCAUUUACGAAACUGUAUUUAAUUAAUCCAUCUAACCUAGCAGCUCUGGUUUACGGCCUCGAGAAACUAUUGUAUUCUGAUGUUUGUUUAUUCGCGACAGAAUAAAUUCUAUCAAUACAAAAGUGGUCGAUGUAAAUCAUGAACGUAACGUGCCGGCACAGCGAUCGGUCUAGCGUGCGAGCCAAUGAUAAUAAUAAUAAUAAUAAAAAUAAAAAUAAUAAUAAUAAUAAUAAUAAUAAUAAAUAGUUAAUAGCGAUCAUACAAUUAAUAUUACUAUUAGUUACAGAAUAUACAUGAUGAUAUAAUAUGAAUAUACGCGCAAAAAAGGAAGCCCGAUCAGCCCGGACUCGCUUACUGAGAAAAUCCUUUUUCGAGAGUCUAGAUGGUCACUAUUUGUAUCAUUUUUUCUAUAUUUUACAAGUACGUUUUAUUAAACGAUAUUCGACGUAGCAAACACGUUUGUGAGAGA